CAAGGCAACCGCGAAACAAACGACAACUCGUUGAUUACUGUCGCCGACUUUAUGCUUUUUCAUGUUCCUACGUAUCCCCGUGACGAACUCGUGGCUUCGCAGCGAUUUCUCAAUAAUUUUGUAAAAUAUAGAACUUAUAAAAGGGUAGAGAUAAGAGAAAAGCGGAUAGAAACGAUCAGUGGCGAACGAAGAUCGGAUACGAAGAUCGUAGAGGAAGAAGAAUAGAGAAAUGCGUGAAAUCGCUCAUCUCCAAGCUGGCCAAUGCGGCAAUCAGAUAGGGGCUAAGUUUUGGGAAGUGAUCUCCGACGAGCAUGGUAUCGAUCCAACGGGCACUUAUCACGGUGACUCCGAUCUCCAGCUAGAACGUAUAAACGUUUAUUACAACGAAGCGUCAGGUGGAAAGUAUGUUCCUAGGGCGAUCCUGGUCGACCUAGAGCCCGGUACCAUGGACGCAGUGCGCUCUGGACCGUUCGGUCAGAUAUUUCGACCGGACAAUUUUGUUUUUGGACAGAGCGGCGCCGGCAAUAAUUGGGCUAAAGGGCACUACACCGAAGGAGCGGAACUCGUCGAUUCCGUUCUCGACGUUGUACGAAAAGAAGCUGAAAGCUGCGAUUGUCUUCAAGGGUUUCAGCUAACGCAUUCUCUUGGCGGUGGAACAGGCGCUGGAAUGGGCACGUUGCUUAUUUCCAAGAUUCGCGAGGAAUACCCGGACAGAAUUAUGAUGACGUUCAGCGUGGUGCCCUCUCCAAAGGUAUCGGACACCGUGGUGGAGCCUUAUAACUGCACUCUAUCAGUGCAUCAGUUGGUUGAAAAUACAGACGAAUCUUACUGUAUCGACAACGAAGCUCUCUACGAUAUUUGUUUCCGUACUUUAAAGUUAACAACACCAACCUACGGCGACUUGAAUCACCUGGUGAGCGCGACGCUUAGCGGAGUAACCACGUGUUUAAGAUUCCCUGGACAGCUAAACGCUGAUUUGCGUAAACUCGCUGUAAAUAUGGUACCCUUUCCCCGACUGCAUUUCUUUAUUCCUGGCUUCGCGCCUUUAACGUCCAGAGGUUCGCAACAGUACAGAGCUCUCACUGUACCAGAACUCACGCAACAAAUGUUCGACGCAAAAAAUAUGAUGGCAGCGUGCGAUCCUCGUCAUGGUCGUUACUUGACAGUCGCAGCUGUUUUUCGAGGGAGAAUGUCGAUGAAAGAGGUGGACGAACAAAUGCUCAAUAUCCAGAAUAAAAACAGUAGUUACUUCGUCGAGUGGAUUCCCAGUAACGUUAAGACCGCCGUCUGCGAUAUUCCUCCUCGCGGAUUAAAAAUGUCGGCGACUUUCAUUGGAAACUCGACGGCCAUUCAGGAAUUGUUCAAAAGAGUAUCGGAACAGUUUACGGCGAUGUUCAGGCGGAAAGCUUUCCUGCAUUGGUACACGGGAGAAGGUAUGGAUGAAAUGGAAUUCACCGAAGCUGAGAGCAAUAUGAACGAUUUGGUUUCCGAGUACCAGCAAUAUCAAGAAGCCACCGCCGAGGAAGAGGGCGAGUUUGACGAAGAAGAAGAGGGCGAGGGUGAACACCCGUGAGCUUGAAUUAUCUUUACGAAAGUAUAUAUACAUAUAUAACGAGUUUCGUUUCUUAUAAAAAUACGCAUGUAUCACACGAACUGGUAUUGCGAUUAAAAUAGA